ACAGAUAAGAGUUAACUAAUACUACUUUAAUAGUAUUAUAGAUGUAUUUAACAGUUAUUGGCAGAUGUAGUGAUGGUAACAUUGACUGAUUGACCACCCGAACAAGCCUUAGAUUCGCUUAUUUUGUGUAUCUUCUCGUUUAUACAAAUUAGUAGGUAUUGUUUAGAUCAAAAAACUAACUGCCAAGAAAGGACACAUCCAAUGUAUGUAUCCAUUCAUCUCCUAAUUACCCAAUUGUGACUAAUGUCUUGUGACUUCUUACUAUUAGCUUACUCCACUUCUGAAUUAUACUUGGCAUUUAAGGUUUAAAGGUUUUAACUAAAAGAGUUUUUAUACGAAAUCCAGCACGUGACCAAUUUUCUCUUUCCAACUGAAAAAAAUAAAAAUUGUAGCUUUAGAUGAGAAGAGAUGGGGUUUAGAGACGUAACCAUUGGAUAAACUAUAGAGACCAUGGCACCUCCAGCAGCUCAUAAGAAAGCUAACAGAAGAAGGAAGAAGAGAAGAACAGAAGAUUUUUCUUCUGACUCCGAUAGUGAUAGCGAUAGAGAUUCAACCUCUAUUACCAAUGAUAAUAAUCAAGACCAUGAUUCAAUAACAAUAGAGAAUAAUAAUAAUAAUAAUAAUAUUAAUGACAAUAAUGACAUAGAUAUAGAUAUAGACAUAGACAUAGAUUCAGAUUCGGAGACGAAAACAGGAAAUGUCCCAGAUCCAUUAACCCCUCAUAUUCAUAAACAAUUAAAUGCCAUUAAAUUAACGACUAAUCAAUUAUCAACUAGUAAUUCAGCCACUACAUCUAUACCAAAGGGUACUAACAUUUCAUCUAUUAAACAACAAAUUGAUGAAGAUAAAGCCCAAUUAAAUACUCAAUAUUUACGAUUAAUGACUCAAGAAUUCUCUCAAGAUUUAGAUGAAUUAAGAAAGAAGCCUGAUUUUAGUGAUAAAUCAUUAGUUAUAUUAGCCAAAACACUUCAACAAGGAGGAAAUUUAUUUGAUAAAAGUGUUAUAGACGAGUUGUUAAGUAAGUAAUAGGUUUAACUAAUCAUAAUGUACAUUAAUAAAUAAUAAUAAUAU